AUGGCAUUCGGGGCAAAGGCACGCGUGUGGCUGGCAGGGCCCUGGCCGUCCCCGGGCAGGGCCCGCGCACCGGGCGCCAGAGCCGCUCCGGCCCCCAAGGCGGUGCUGCCCUUCGAAGCCAUACCGCGCUGUCCCGGCAGCAGGUGGAUGAGGUUGCUGCGGAUCUGGAAGGAUCAGCGCUUGGAGAACCUUCACCUGGAGGUGCACCAGCUCUUCCGGGAGCUGGGGCCCAUUUUCAGGUAUGACGUGGGAGGGACACGCAUGGUGUUCCUGAUGCUACCCGAGGAUGUGCAGAGGCUACAGCAAGUGGACGGCCAUCAACCGUGGCGGCCGCCCCUGGACCCCUGGCUGGCCUACCGACAGCAUCGCGGGCACAAAUGUGGCGUGUUCUUGCUAAACGGGCCCGAAUGGCGCAUGAACCGACUGAAGCUGAACCCAGACGUGCUGUCGCCUCAGGCCGUCCAGAAGUACCUGCCCAUGGUGGACUGGGUGGCAAGGGAUUUCUCGAAGGCCCUGAGGUCGAGAGUGCUGCAGAAUGCCCGGGGGAGUCUGACCGUGGACAUCCAGCCCAGCAUCCUCUCUUACACCAUAGAAGCCAGCAAUCUAGCCCUUUUUGGAGAGCGGCUGGGCCUCCUUGGCCACAGCCCAAGUCCUGCCAGCCUGAACUUUCUCCGGGCUUUGAAGGUCAUGUUAAAGUCUACCACACAGCUCAUGUUCAUGCCCAGGGUCCUAUCACGCUGGACAAGCACCCAGCUGUGGAAGGAGCACUUUGAGUCCUGGGACUACAUCUUCCAGUAUGCCAACAAUGCCAUCCAGAAAAUCUACCAGGAGCUGGCCCUCAGCCGCCCGGAGCACUACAGCGGCAUCGUGGGGGAGCUGCUGACGCACGCGGACCUGAGCCUCGAGGCCAUCUGGGCCAACUCCAUCGAGCUCACCACCGGGAGCGUGGACACGACGGUCUACCCCCUGUUGAUGACUCUCUUUGAGCUGGCUCGAAACCCUGAAGUGCAGCAGGCCCUACGCCAGGAGAGCCUGGGGGCCGAGGCCAGGAUCUCGCAGGAUCCCCAGAGCGCAACCUCGGAGCUGCCCCUGCUGCGGGCGGCCCUCAAGGAGACCUUGAGGCUGUACCCCGUGGGGAUGUCUGUGGACCGAAAGGUGGCCUCGGACGUGGUGCUGCAGAACUACCACAUCCCGGCAGGGACAUUGGUCAAGGUGCAACUCUACUCCCUGGGUCGAAACCCCUCUGUGUUUGAGAGGCCCGAGUGCUACCAUCCCCAGCGCUGGCUGGACAACAGGGGCUCUGGCACCAGAUACCCACACCUAGGCUUCGGCUUUGGUCUGCGCCAGUGCCUGGGGCGGCGCCUGGCAGAGACAGAGAUGCUGCUGUUGCUGCACCACGUGCUGAAGAGCUUCCUGGUGGAGACCCUCAGGCAGGAGGAUGUGAAGAUGACCUACCAGUUCGUGUUCGUGCCCUCCACCCACCCCCUCCUCACCUUCCGGGCCAUCAACUAG